AGAGAGCCGUGAGCCGGGUCGGCGGAGUAAGAUUUGGAGAGCCUAUAUGACCUGUUAAAGCUUUGAAAAAUGGAUUUCCGGUGUUUUGGUUUAUUUUUGUUUUUAUUUAUUCAACAAGUGUCUCUCAGCCGUCAGUCAAAAGAACAAGUCUUACUGGAUAUGAAUGCAGCAGGAGGAGAGCUUGGGUGGUUGACCUCGCCAUAUGAGGAUGGGUGGGAGAUCGUGCAGACAGUAGUCAACGGCUCGCUGCUGUACACCUACAGCGUGUGCAACGUCGACGCCAACGACCAGGACAACUGGGUGCGCACCACCUUCAUCCAGCGCCGCCCGGAGGCCACGCGCGUCUCCGUGGAGCUCCAGUUCGUGGUGCGCGACUGCAACUCCUUCGACGGCGCCUCGCUGGCCUGCAAGGAGACCCUCAACCUGUUCGUCUCCGAGGCCGACGCCGACGUGGGCACCAACUUCCGCAAGGGCACGUUCCGCAAGGUGGCCACCAUCGCGCCCGACGAGAUCACGCGGGGCCGCGGCGCGCUCAAGGUCAACACGGAGACCCGGACGGUGGGCCCGCUGUCGCAGAAGGGCUUCUACCUGGCCUUCCAGGACAUGGGCGCCUGCGUGGCCCUGAUCUCGGUGCGGGUGUUCUACAAGACGUGCCCGACGACCGUACAGAGCCUGGCCGCCUUCCCCGAGACGGUGACGGACGCGCUGCGGCUGGUGGAGGGGUCGUGUGUGGCGCACGCCGUCAGUCCCUCGGCCCCCAGCAUCUACUGCACGGCAGACGGGGAGUGGCUGGUGCCCCAGGGCCAGUGCCAGUGCGAGGCCGGCUACGAGGCCGUCGGGGAAGCAUGCGAAGAAUGCACACCCGGCUCCUUCAAGUCGACCGCCUCCAGUGAGUUCUGCCAAAUCUGCCCCAAGAACACCAAGACCUCUACCGCCGGAGCCCUGGUGUGUCCCUGCAGGGAUGGCUUCUACCGCUCGCCUGCCGACCCCGCCACAUCCGCCUGCUCUGCACCCCCGGGUGCUCCCCGGGACCUCUCCGCCAACACCCUGCCGUCAGAGGGCCGGCUGCAGCUGUCCUGGAGCCCCCCGCUGGUGACCGGGGGGAGGGCGGACCUCACCUACAGCGUCGUGUGUGAGCGCUGCUCGGACGGCCCCAAAAGCUGCGUCGCCUGUGGCGAGAAGGUCCGCUUCGAACCCGGCCCCACUGCCCUCCGGGACACCUCGGUCGUCGUGGCCGACCUGGACUCCCACCUCAACUACACCUUCAGCGUGGUGGCCCACAGCGGCGUGUCGCGCUUCAGGAGCCAGCGGCCCAGCGCUAGCAUCACGACGGCUCUCCGCUAUACCGAUCCUCCCAAAGUCACCUCCAUCCAUCUGGACGAAAACACCCCUACCAGCCUCUCCCUAUCCUGGGCCCUUUCUCGCAAAACCCCCGCACACAUCACCCACAGCUACGAGCUCAUGUACCGCCGAAAGGAUGAAGACCGGGACGUGACCAUGUACACGGUGCUGGUUCUGGACAAAAGCUCCGCCACGAUCAGCGACCUCUCCCCGGCCACCACAUACGUGUUCCGGGUCCAGGCCCUGAGUCCAGAGGGCACCCCCGGCAGCUACAGCACCGAGUACGAGUUCCAGACCCUGACCCACGCGGUUCCCCAGAUCCAGAACAACUCCACGGUGGUGAUGGCCGCCGUGGUGGUCGGCGCCGUGGUGCUGCUCAUCGUGGUGGCGGUCCUGCUGCUUCACAAACGGAUUCUGAGCUCUACAGGGAGGAGGAGAGGAGCCGAAGACCCCUACUUCAACUCAGACCAACUGAAGCCUCUGAAGACCUACGUUGACCCACACAUGUACGAGGAUCCCAACAUCGCCAUCCUCAAGUUUGCCACAGAGAUCCAUCCAAGCGUGGUCACCAAACAGAAAGUUAUCGGCGCAGGAGAGUUCGGGGAGGUGUUUCGCGGGGUGAUGAAGUCUCCCGGCCGGGGCGACGUGGCCGUAGCCGUCAAGACCCUGAAGGCCGGCUACACGGAGAAGCAGAGGCAAGACUUCCUGAGCGAGGCCAGCAUCAUGGGCCAGUUCUCCCACCAGAACAUCAUCCGCCUGGAAGGGGUGGUCACCAAAUUCAAGCACAUGAUGAUUGUGACGGAGUACAUGGAGAACGGAGCUCUGGACAUCUAUCUUAGGGACCAUGACGGGGAGAUCCUAGCGUUCCAACUGGUGGGAAUGCUACGCGGGAUAGCUGCAGGAAUGAAGUACCUAUCAGACAUGAAUUAUGUCCAUCGUGAUCUGGCUGCCAGGAAUGUUUUAGUGAACGGGAACCUGGAGUGCAAAGUUUCGGACUUCGGCCUCUCCCGUGUUCUGGAGGACGAUCCCGAAGGAACCUACACAACCAGCGGAGGUAAGAUUCCCAUUCGCUGGACGGCCCCAGAGGCGAUCGCCUACAGGAAGUUCACAUCGGCCAGUGAUGUGUGGAGCUUUGGCAUCGUCAUGUGGGAGGUGAUGGCCUUCGGGGAACGGCCCUACUGGGACAUGAGCAACCACGAGGUGAUGAAGGCGAUCAACGAGGCCUUCCGGCUGCCCGCCCCCAUGGACUGUCCGUCGGCCGUCUACCAGCUCAUGCUGCAGUGCUGGCUGCACGACCGCUCCAAGCGGCCGCGCUUCACAGACAUCGUCAACAUCCUGGACAAACUCCUCCAGAGCCCCGAGUCCCUGAAACCCAUCGCCGACUUCGACCCACGCGUGUCCAUCCGCCUGCCCAGCACCAGUGGCUGUGACAGCGCCACCUUCAGGUCGGUCCCAGAAUGGCUGGAGUCCAUCAAAAUGAACCAGUACAGCGACAGCUUUGCCUGCGCAGGAAUCACAACUAUGGAGCAGGUGCUCGCCAUGCGGCAUGAAGACAUCAGGAACGUGGGCGUGCGGUUGCCCGGUCACAUGAAGAGGAUAGCCUACAGCAUCCUAGGCCUGAAGGACCAGACCAGCUCACUCAGCGUGUUCGCCGUGUGACCCCAUCUCUCCCAGCGAACCCGAAUGCACUGACUGGACUAUAGCAUUUCACUGGGGGGGGGAUGACCACAUGGGCGGUGGUACUGAUGACGCUGCUACGCCUUUACUUUGGCGGAGUGCGGUAUGACUGAAGAGGCUUUCUCCAAGAAAAUACAGCACAAGAUGGAGGAGCCGGAGGAUCGUGGAAGUACUUCAAGAGCUCAGACGGCCAGAAGAGGAUUGAUUAAUAUGUAAAAUAUUAUAGAGUUAUAUAUAUUCUAUUAGCGGGUCGUGCGAGUCAUGUAAAUAAUGUCUUGCGUGUGUAAGGGAACAUGGGGCUGCUUAGCAUUUAUGACCAAACUGGAAGUCUUAAAAGCAAGUACAGUGAAGGCCUGGCGCUGUAAACGGGCUUUCCUCCCUAGCACUCACUGUCUCACUUUUGUGCCGCCGGUAGGCCUAUGAACUGGCCCUCAAGUCUGUUUUUGUAAAAGAAAAUAAUUGAAAGACACUUUUAAAGGUGUGAUUAUUCCUCUCAGGGUCAGAAACGAGAUACGCAUCUGUUUUUAAUGAAUUUGUAUCGCCAAUGUGUCAAUUAAUUAUUAUAAGUUGUGUUUAACCUUUUUUUUUUUUUUAUACGCUGCAUCUAUAGUCUUACAACUGACUUUCCAUUAUUAUUUAAUUAUUUAUUUUAUAUAUUUAUGGUAUUUUUGCAAGUAAAAGAAUACAUGUUUUCCCAUAUUCCUUGUUGAAUAAAAAUCUACAUUUCUUUGUGA